CUAGCGGAUCGGCGGAAAAGAGAGAGCGCGCAGUGUAUGUGCGUUGCGUUGCGGUUGCGGACGAACGAACGAACGGCGAGGCGGCGGUAUCUGGCCGAUACUCUUCCAUCAGGAAUACUCAAUCGACAGCGCGGACGAGUCUGACCGACGGUCACGACGAGAUGUCGAGCGGAGCGGACGAGUGCAAGCUGGAGCUGAAGGCUGGGCAUCCGCCGGCAGUGAAGGCGGGCGGCAUGAGGAUAACGCAGCACAAGACGCCGAAGGACGAGCGCGAGACGAAGCCCAGUAAGGACGUCGAGGAGAGCAAGCCGUCCAGCAGUCCGCCGAAGACGAUAAUGAUCAGCGGCGCCCCGGCCAAGGGAAACGCAGAUUUUCCGCCGGAGGCUGUGCAACACUUCCACGAGAAGCCUACACCGACGCACGACGCACGGCCGGCGCAUUGUUCACGUCCCAUCAUCAUCCAGCAGCCCAGGAAGUGAGCCGCACUUCUCGAGAGCGUACCGAAUUGGCGGGCCACGGUCCGCAGAGUCAUUUCGUUGAGUUUAUGAGAAAGAAGAUUAUAAUUAUAUAAAUAUAUAUAUAUAUAUAUAAAUCUAUAUAUGGGAGAUAGGUAUAUAUACAGCGUACUUAAAAACAGAAACAAAUUUUUAUGGGGACUAACUGAAGAAUUUAGACGUUGCGGCGCUCGAUUCCUUAACCGAUCCGAACGGGGGUUCCUUUUUUUUAAAGAGAUAUACGCAAUAAAAAUAACAUUUUAAUUUCCUACUUUCUACCUUUUAAGUUUCUGACUUCUCCGCCUAGAUAGAUUCGCGAUUGCACAAGCAGCGGAAGCACAGUGUGCCGAGUUCGUUCCUGGGGACGAACGAGACUCGUGCGACGGUCGGUUGAAGAAUCGAGGGAGCUCGAUUUCGCGCGUUGGGGGCGUCCAGCCGCAUCGCAAGAGAUACUAUAUCGUUGUUGAGAAACGAGAAAAGAAACGUUUAUUUUUUUGGGACGCGAUUUCUGUAUCGGCUGUAUUUAACGAACGGGCUUUCGCGAGUUUGUAUUUCGACUCGUUAUCGGCACAUCUUUAUUUUAUUAUUCCUCUUUCUUUAUUGCGCUAGAGCCAUCAUGUUUUCUUUUGCCGUAGAUUACGCAAUUACAUUAUUACGAUUAUAAAUAUUAGCGUAACAUAGACAUCACGCUUUACAUGAUCACUGUUUUUCGGGGACCAGUAUGCAUCGCGACUCGUGACGGAGCCCUUUUAUCGUUUACGUUUAGCCGCGCCUUCACACGACCUCACAUGUUUCCUUUUGUCCUUUCUUUUUACAUUCGUUUGACAAUAGGAUAGGAAUCCGUAGUUUUGAAUUUCAGGGAAUCGAGAUAUUAUUCAUUAAUAUAAGUGUUUUCAAGCGUGUAAGCGUCGAGCGAGACUCGUAGUUGGCGACAGUUUGUACAACUAUUUGAGAGAGAAUAAACAUUCGUAUAUGUACAAAGCCC